AUGGCGGAUAUCAUCAUGGCUGGGCCAGCUUUGGACUUCCAGGAUGGAUUGGGAAUGUACCAAAAAGGUUUCAAGCAGCCAUUUUUCGGUCUUCAUGCGCCGGCGCCUAGACCGUUAUCCGAAGCUACGGAAAUAUAUGAUACUGAGUUCGAAGACGACUUCAGUGAUACAGAGAUGACAUCCUCGAGACGGAGUAUGGAAUCUUUUGACAAGAAGAGUGACACGACAGUAUCAAGCUUUGACGAAGUUACGACACCAAAAUCAAAUCAUUUCAACAGUUAUGGAUUUCCUGCAGUUGAGUCGAAGCCGGUGGAAGGUCCGAAAGGGCCACAUCUGUUCCGAUUCUCACAGACUGCGCCAAAAGAAUACCUGGAUAUGUCCAUGUCCUUGUCACCCAUUGUGAACUUACAAGAAGCAUCACAAAAGCCGGAGCCUACCCGGUCCCCUCAAUCGGCCGUAUCUCCCCGGUUCAGCUCUCUCCCAAGAGCCGUCGCCCAGCUUGAGCCUGUAGAAGUUCGGAGGUGGACACCGCAACAAGUGGCGUCUUGGAUGUAUGGCUUGGGUUUUGAGGAAUCUGUCGUUGACAAGUUUGAGCGAAACGACAUCUCGGGCGCCAUCUUGGUUGACCUUCAGUUUGAGGACCUCAAGGAGCUAGACAUUCAGUCCUUUGGAAAGCGCCACCGCUUGUGGAACGAGAUUCAUCAUCUUCGUGGCAACGCUGGCCCCGCUCCCAAUGUGGUUGCUGCAACUGACAUCGAACGCCCUGCAACUUCUUCAAGUAGUAGAGGCUCACCGCAGCCUCUUCGAUCACAGACAUGCCCUCCACAUGAAGACAUGGAGCAUCCAGUCUCGCCAGCUUCAGCUCGCCGGCGAAUGCGAAAGCCGCGACAGUCAGAAAUCGACGAUAUAAUCUCUCCAGCCGAGUCUGUUUCCAUAGUUGCAAUUGAGCAAAUUUUGCCUAGGCCUCACAAGUGUUCAAAGGGUGAGAAUUGCUCCAAAUGGAGAAAACAGCAGCGCCAGCUGGCACGCAUUGGCGAAGCUGUUCCUCUAAGCUCGGACAAGGACGGACGCUUUGUCCUAGCUCAUGAACCGCCCACUCCUGCCAGCAUAGAAACGAGUUUUCGACCGACUUCCGACGUCGUGCCGUCAGUGGUGGCCUCGUCAGAUGUGCUCGGUCCCAGUCAAUAUCCGCAAUUCCGUCUCCAAGAGGAGCGGCUGCGCGUGAUUGAAACUCGCGACCCGCAGGAAAAUGUCAAGCAAUUCCUGAACUUUCAGCACAUCAAUGCCCCUCCACCACCAGAGGAGCCUUCUACUCCUCCUCUCGAACUGUUCCCACCAUUGCACCCGCCAGAGAAUACUCCUGGCGCGCAUGAGUAUCUCCGAAGUCUCCCCAAAUUGUCAAUACCUCUCACAAGAUCAGCAAGCACCUCUCCUCAGAGGCCAUAUCACUAUCCUACAAACAGUUACUCGCCGCUCCGCACCAUUGUUCCUUCUGAUCGCCAUGGCACACCAUUCUCCGAGAUGGAUGUCCCGGUGACUGCAGUCCCAAUUGGCCCAAUCGCUCGGGACAUUUCUCAAUCGGUGCCUCCAAACAUGCAAUUUGGCAACCGGGAACGUGACAAUUCGUCCCGAGCAUCAUCUCGCAGCGAGAAUCGCCGGCCAAGCUUUGCGCUGGAGCGGAUCAAGGAGAAUGUGCUCAGCCCCGUUGAUCAGCCAGAGGAGAUGCCAGCGCACGCCCAUCAUAGUUAUAACAGCAGCAUUAGCCAUGCCGGAUGGAUGAAGAAGCGCAAGACCAAGUUCCUCCGCCACGAGUGGCAAGAGAAUCACUACAAGCUCGAGGGCACCAAGCUGGCCAUGCACAAGGACGAGCAAACCAUUGACGCUCUCGAGUACAUUGACGUGGACGACUACGCCAUUGCCUGCUCGUCUCUGGCGUCCAACAAGCUCGGCGCGGCGCUCAAGUCGCUCAAGCUUUCGGGUUCUGGAAAGAAGAAGGACGCAGACAUUAGUGCCUUUGCCUUUCAGCUCAUCCCAUCGAUCGACAAGAAGGGCGUGCGGGCCGCCGCUCUAGGCAAGACGCAUCAUUUUGCAGUCAAGUCGCGAGAGGAGCGGAUCGACUGGAUGCGCGAACUCAUGCUUGCCAAAGCCCUCAAGCAAAAGGGUGACGGUUACGAAGUUAACGUCAAUGGAAACAAGAUCUAG